AUGGCUGCGCUACGGCCGCUUACUGCCAACCUGCGGCUCCGGCGUCUUCCGACAGACCUACCGCUCGGAGACAGCCGAAUUUCCACCGUCGCUGCCCACAAACUGAACAUAUAUAUUGGCACCACGCUGGGGCUGAUUCUCCAUCUUCACUGUUUCGAGGAUGCCGCCGAGUACAUGCUUAUUUUGAAUUUGCGUGUCACCGAAAAGGACGCCGCUGUCACGAAAAUCUUGCCGCUUCCGGACGUCGACUUGUGUUUGGUGGUGUGCAACAGAACCUUGUAUGUGUAUACGCUACCGGAGCUUCUGCCCUGCCAUGUGGGCAAGAUCAAGGAUGUCAACGAUGUGCUGACACUCAGCCAGGUGAAGAACCCGAAAACAAAGAACUUGUUGGACAAGGCGAUCGUGUUCACGUCCACCAGGCUCCGUGUGGUCCAGUACGUUUCUCAGUCCGUGAAGCUCCUACGAGAUAUCCCCUACAACGGCGCCGUAUUGGGCAUUUCCUCGGCUGCAGGCACGCUGGCCAACUACAGCAAUAUCUGUUUGGUUGCCAAUGGCGAAAACUACGACGUGGUCGAUAUGCAACAGACCCGCCGGAUCUCGCUAUUCGAGCAUAACCCUGAAAAAGCCCCUGGCAUCCGCCCGGCAAUCCUCCCGUUUGAUGCCGCUGGCGGCGAGGAGUACCUUCUACCGGUCCGUACCAACGAAAACAUGUCUAUGGCCAUGUUCAUCAACUCUGUGGGUGAUGUCACUCGAGGAACCUUGACCUGGAUCGAUGUAGGGUACCCUACCAACGGCAUGGCCGUGAUUUGGCCUCACGUGUUGGGUCUUUUCAAGGACGGCGACGCUCUCAAGUUGACACUGAGCUCGUUGGAGACGCUUGAGGUUGUUGACUCGCAAAAUAUAGAGGAAGUGUUUGAGGAACUCGAAUUGGGAAAGCCUGGAGACCUCCGCAUCCAGCGCACGAACGAGCCGGUCUUGUUUGCCCAUGAAGAGUUGCUGGAGUGGCUACCCAAGGUGAAUAUCGACGGCAAUGGCGGUCCAUACGUAUCUUUACAGCCUGCGCAUGUUGUGCUCCACAACGAAGACUCGCUAUUUUACAUGUACGAGGAAAGCUCGUUGUACUUGAAGUUGAAGGCUGUGCUUGAUGGCUUGGAGGAGGAAACUGAUUGGGAAAAGCAGAUUGAGGAACUUGACGACGAAGCUGGUGUGCUCAGGCUUUUGUACGUCAUUCUUUUGCUUGUGACGAAGUCCGAUAAAUUCACCGACGCUGCUCACAAUUUCGAUCCCCGAAUCUUCCUUUACCUAUUUGAAGAUCUCGACAAAGAUGUAUACGAUGGGCUAGUCUUGGAAAAAGUGGUGUGGCGAGUGCUAGAGCAUUUUCGGCCUGUCGAGGUGGGUGACGACUUCAGAUCGCUGUUUCUCAAAUCUGUCUAUUCUGAGAGUGACCGUGACCGGGCAGUUUUUGAAGCGUUGCGUCUCUUGAUUUACCAAAGGUCCACAGUCAAGCUGACAAUUGAGUUGGUGGAUUCCGAAACUGAUUUGUGGGUAUCCGAACACCCUUCCAACGAAAAGCUUCUCGGUCUCUUUGACGAAAAAGGCUGGAAUCUAGUCAGGCUCCAUGUGUUGCUUUUGCAGCAGAAGCUGUUGGAGGAAGGAACGUCGGUGGAUAACGGUGCCGAAGAAAUCACUGCUCUUGCUUUCAAGCUUCUCGAGAAGCGAGUUGAAGAAGAAGGCCUCGUUAUUCUGGAAGACGGCGUUGCCACCAAAGACGAUUAUUCCGUGGACUUGGUUGAUGUGCUCAUCACACAACUCAGGGACAAAUUCGAAGACAGCGAUCUGUACAACAAGCACCUUUUGGAGCUCCUCAAAUUAUUCCCAGACAAAGGGCUUAGGUUUCUUGAGGCCAACAAGCAUGGAAAGCACAAAGCCACGCAUAAACACAUCCUUGAAGAAUACUCCAAGCUUCACGACCUCGAUGCUGGUUUUUCCUCUUUGAAAGUGGAGUUCAUCGAACAAUCAUUCUCUGACAGUUUAAAGGAGAAAGGCGAGUUCGAUACAUCGCUAGCCAGAGAGCUUUUGGUGGAGCAACUCGAGUUUCUUCAACUGCAACAUGACUCGCUUGCAGAGGAGUAUGUCAAUCUAGACAUUCUACUCUCCACUUUCAAAGUCGAGCACGAUCUCUCCAACGGUCAUAUACCUACCAUCAAUUGGAUCGACUACUUGACAAUUCAUGGGUCUCGAAGUGAGUGCAAAGCUCUCGCCGCCAUAUACACCAAGAUAUACGAGCUCCUUCUAUGCUUGUUGCUUUACGGCGAGCAACUCCCCAAAGUAUCCUUCAAGGACAACGAUGCAAUGAACUACCUAUCCACCUUGUUCUUUCAAACAAAAAGCGACGAACGAAUUGUUGAAUGUCUCCGCCAUGGAGACCAUAGAACUGCUGAUUGGUUCGCAAUCCAUGAUCAACCACCAUUCCCUGUUGAACCCACAUACGUCUCUCAGAUAAAGCCCAGUCUUGAGGCCCGCUUCACCACUAGGCCUGAAGAAGACAUCAAAAAUAGCAUGAAGCAGAUCCUCGAGAGUUACUUGCUUUACGAGGACUCUCUUUCACGAAACGAAGGCGUGAAGCAUUUGGUGGCAGUCUUUGGAGGGUACUUCACCUUACCAGAGCUUCUCCAUCUCAUGCCAUCCGACUUGCCCCUUGCAUUCCUUUACGACUACUUGACGGACGUAUUGGUGAAGAACGAAGUCCAGAAGAUUGACUCGGACAUGAUCAAGAUCCUCCACCGGUUGGAUCUGAAACUUACAGGAAAACUAUAA